AUGCCGGAAAAGGUAAAGCCGCUCAUCUACCACUUCGUCAUGAACGGAGCAGAUCUCUUUUUGAAUCUAAAGGCGAUCCCUCAUACGAAGCCAGUGGAGUUCAAGAAAAAGAAGCUGGUCACAAGAUGGAAGAGGAAUCACGCAAACUCGGACGCGAUAAAGAAGCUUGGCGGGAACCUCAAGACCUGGUACAACGGCCGCCUCAGGCUUUCAAAGUUCGUACCAAAACCCUACGAAAAGAUCGGGAAAAGAUUCAAAAAGCUGCAAGUUGCAAGCCAAGAAGCAGUCAAAGAAAGAAACGAAGAAAUAAUCGACCAAAUAUCCAAGUGGUGCAAAAUGGGAUCAAUCUCAAGGCUCCCCGAAGCAUCUAAAGAUUCGUGGCUACAAUCAGGAUUUAUUCUGGUAGACAAGCCGGGCAGAGAGACCAGAGUCUGCCUCAAUGGGGGAAUCUUGAAGCCGCUGCAGCUCUACAGCUUCCCCUGCAAACUGGAAGCGGUCGGAACAGCCAUCCAGAUGCUCAAAAAAGGGGAUCUGCUCUACAAGUUUGAUGAUAAAAAAGGUUUUCAUCAGCUGCCGCUUUCAGAAGAAAGCAAAAAGAUGGCAUGCUUCGGAUGGGGCGGCCAAAGAUUCAAAAAUAACAUCCUUGCGUUUGGCCUCCCAGCAGCACCAGGCAUCUACCAGCUUAUGAAUCUAUGCGGCGUAAAUUUUCUUAGAAAGAAUGGCAUCAAAAUCACGCUUUACCUCGACGACAGACUCCUCAUCGUCUCACCAGCUUCGGAGGAAGAUAGAAAGCAGCUUCUGGAAGGAAAGAAAAUCAGCAGAGAAGUGUGGGCAACAGCAGCUACAUUAGUGGCGCUCGGCGGCUUCGUAAACAUCGAGAAAAGUACUUUUCUCCCCACCCAAAGACUCGAGUUCCUAGGAUUCAUCCUCGACACGACCAAGGAAACAGUCGAGAUUCCGCCGCAGCGAUGGAAGGCUCUCACUGCACUCAUGGAAGAGGCACAAAAUAAACAACUGGUAGAAGCGAAGCUGCUAGAACGAAUCAGAGGAACAAUGGCAAGUAUGGCAGAAGUUUUCUCCAACAUGAGACUCCUGAUCAGGCAAACGACACUCCUCAUAAAACAGGCCGACAACAAAAACCUCGAGAAAGUCCAACUUACGCCUCAGAUCAAGGCAGAAUGGGCAAGAUGGAAGAAGCUGGAAGAAAAAGGACUCUCAAGAAUCUGGACGCAGAACAGCCGCCAAGAAACAGGUCUGAUCAUCUACACAGACGCGUCAUCACACGCAGGAGCCAUCGUCAUUGAACAAUGGGGCUUAGAAGAAAAAUUUGCCUGGGAAGCCGAUUUAGCCGACAAGCACAUUUGCAUCAAAGAAGCCAUGGCCAUCCUCUACGCUGUCGAAUGGUAUGGCCCAAAGUUCGAAAAUAAAAGAAUCCUCUUUCUUUGUGACAACGACUCGGUCGUCCAAGGAAUAAUAGCCGGAAGCAAAGACCUCGAGAUGAACGACAUCCUAGUCAGAAUCUGGGAAAUCGCUCAAAGAUUCAACAUCGACUUAAAAUGCGACUGGGUCAGCACUAAAAAGCAGCUGGCAGAUGCACCUUCGAGAAUCAUCGACUCAAGAGAGCAGCGACUAACGGCAAACGGCUUCGCAUAUCUGCAAUCGCAUCUCACGGACGCGCUGGACGUCGACGUGGCAGCAACGAUCCUGAAUUCAAAAUGCAAGGACUUCAUAAGCCGCAGAGAAUCAAAAGGAGCGCUUGGAGCAGAUUUUCUCAGCUUCCCCAUCCAUAAGCUCAUGGGCAGAAAACUUUAUGCCUUCCCGCCGCAAGCAGUGGCUUUCAGAUACUUCAAGCGGCUUACAGAAAUUCCGACGCCGUGGGUACUACUCGUGGCCAUCUUCGAGACCGAAACGGCAGUCAUCGCAGAAGCUAGAUCAAGAGGCUACAGAAUCUUCGACCUUCCAUCAGACUCCAUCUUGACCCCAGCAAAAAUCAAAAAAAAAGCUAGAAUGGCCGAACGCCAAAACGUGUUGUCCAUGGUGAAGGAGCACCUAGCAGCAACGCAGCACGACUCAAAAACUAGAGCCACCCGAUUCGCCAUCACCCAGGCGGAAUAUGACGCUGCAAAAGAUGCGCCCGAAGCUUCAGGCGACAUCCAACGACUCCAACUCGAAAUCGAUGACAUCAGAGGCGACUUGGCAAUGCACGAUAGCAUCACCGACGAACUCAUCGCCGAGAUGAAAACGCUCGUCGAGAAUCGGGAAAGAAGCAUCGCCAUCAAGGCCGCCGAACCCAACGCCAGAAAGCGAACCGCCGAGGAGAAUCAGUUCUACGACAAGAACAAUCCAAAGGAGAUCGCCGAGGUCCUCGAGAAGCUUAGCAGCAAGAAAAUGGAGCGCUACAACGCGAAGUCCGGAAUGCUCAAAGCCAUCAAGAUCCGCGAAGCGGAAAUUGCAGACCUAACCUUCAAGAAAGGCGACUCAGCAGCAACUCACACAGAAGUUGACCCAGUCACGGGCAAAAUAUCCUACUUCAAGACCCAAGUAGCAGCAAUUGACCUCAACCAGCACGAAGGGGAAAACAUCGACGACAUGGGCCGUCUCUUCCGCCAAUUCGUCACAGACCCGAAGAAGCAACGAAGCUUCAAAGGAGCAGAGCUUCUCGAGCUGCUUAGACGCUACAAAGAAGCCAUGGGACCUGAGCACUCCGCGAAGCCAGUGGUCACGGCCAUCAUCGACACGCUGAUCAAGAUGCCAGACAUGCCAAGACGAAAUGCGCUGCUCCGCUGCUCCUCCCUCAUGACAGCAACCACCCAGCACGAUUUCGAUUACACGCUCAGCAUGAAUUGGACCACACCGCACCACAAGAAAUGGAUGCAAGCGGCAAUGGACGGUUCGGAAGACUGGCGAAACAACGGCAAAGACGGAAACAACAAAAAAGGACGCCGAGGGGGUUUUAACGACCAAGGCACGUACAAAAAACAGCGAACAGACCAACCCAACGGCCAGAAAACUGACCAAUCGGAAGACCAGAAGGGCAAGAGCGGCAGAGGACGCGGAAGAGAAAUGACCUGGCUAGAAUUCGAGCAUCUAAAGGAAAUCUGGGACGUUACGGAAGCGCUCACGAACCCCGAAGCGGAAGAAGCUGAUGACGAAUCCACCAUCCAGAACUUUCUGGACAGACUCUUGGAUAAACCGAAGCUCAAGGCUUAUGCCUACGGCAAGGGCGUAGUCAUUAUCCAAGACGUAGCCGCAUCGAAGCUAAAAAAGCCGCUCACUUCGAAGCUCAAGCGCCAAAUCAAGCUUUGGUGCGAACGAAGGGCCAGAGAGUCAGCAAAAGAAUCUCUCCAGUUCCCAAAGCAAGCAGAAGUGCUCGACGAACCAGAAGCUGUAAAACUCUGGGACGAGCUCAUGGAAACCAACAAGCCCAAGCCUCGGGAGGUUGCUGUCGCAUUCUUUGUCACCUACGUGACAGGAGCUAGAAUGGGGGAAGCACUGAGCCUCAGAAUCGAGGACCGAAGCAUCAUGAAGGAAGCAGCUAAAGAAUUCUGGCGCUUCCAUAUCAGAAGCAGCAAGACGGACCCUUUCUGUAAAAGAAUGGAAACGCUCAAUAUCCCCAUGAAUAUAAACCACGGAGUGCCGCUAGCAGAAGAACUACGACACCUGGUCCGAGACAAAAACUCUGGCCUGCUUUUUCCGCUGCUGGACGAAAAGACAAGCAUUGCGGGGGACUACCUAAGGCGAUACAGCGAUAAGGCAAGAAUCGGAAAAAAGGUUUCAGCACACUCCGGCCGAGUAAGCUUCUACAUCGAAGGCCGCCGAGCAGGACAAUCGCAAAGUACACUAACCCACACAAUGCGUUGGGCCCCGGGAAGCGCGAUGCCAGAUUACUACGAACGAUGCUGGCUAGAAUGCACAGACGACGGAGCGCCAGCAGCCAUCGCGGAAGCUAGAGCAGCGAAAAGAAGAAUCUCUAACCAUUCAGAAGCUGAGAGCCCCGCCCAAAGCGACAACGAACAAGGCGAAGGCAUUACCAAGAGAGCACGUACAGACGUCGAACCUAGCAGCAGCACAGCCGAAAUCCCAGAAGCUUAG